GAAGAGAGAAGGGUGCAACAAUACUGGAAGUAAAGCAUCAUAGCUCCUGUACCACUUCAUUCUCAACAAGAGAAGACAAACUAAUGAAGAUCAUCGAAUCUGACAAUUCUAGAAUCUCAUCCUUGUAUCACAGAAUAAAAAACUUUGAUUCAAGAAGCCCAAAGACAGUUCUAUCAGAAUCUCAAAUCCCAAUAACAUCUGGAGCUAAGCUCCAGACACUGAAUUACAUAGUCUCAAUCAAGCUCGGGAACAACGAAAUGACUGUGAUCGUUGACACUGGAAGCGACCUAACAUGGGUUCAAUGCCAACCCUGCAGCUCAUGCUACAACCAACAAGAUCCAAUAUUCAAUCCCUCCACCUCUCAAUCCUAUCAGCAAAUACCAUGCAACUCACCUACCUGCAGUUCAGUUCAAAUAGCAACUGGAAUAUCUUCUUUCUGUGGCUCAGAUCAACCUAGCUGCAACUACUCUUUCAGCUAUGGAGAUGGAUCUCACACAAGUGGAGUGCUUGGCUGGGAGCAAAUUGAUCUUGCAGGAACUAUCAUUGAUGGAUUUGUAUUUGGUUGCGGUCAAAGUAAUUAUGGACUGUUCGGAGGGACUUCAGGUUUGAUGGGCCUGGGAAGGACACAAUUAUCAUUGAUAUCACAAACUAUAUUUCAAUUUGGAGGAAUUUUUUCCUACUGUCUGCCUCCAAGAGAGUAUGAUUCAUCAGGAUCCCUGGUUCUUGGAGGUGACCCCUCCAUUUUUAAGAAUAACACUCCUGUGAGUUACACAAGAAUGAUUCUGGAUCCUCCAGAAUCACCCUUUUACUUUCUUAACCUUACAGGAAUAAGCAUUGGUGCAGUGGCUCUACAAGCUUCAGGAUUUUAUAACGGCAAAGUUCUUAUCGAUUCGGGAACGGCGAUUACUAGGCUUGUUCCUUCGAUUUACAUAGCUUUGAGGGAUGAGUUCAUGAGGCAGUUUUCAGAGUACCUAGUGGCUCCCGGCUAUUCAAUAUUAGAUACUUGCUUUAACUUGGCUGGUUUAAGGGAAGUGAGCAUUCCUACAAUGAAGUUUGUGUUUGAAGGUGGAGUGGAAGUGGAUGUGGAUGUCAAUGGAAUGUUCUACUACGUUAAGGAAGAUGCUUCCCAGGUUUGUUUGGCUCUAGCAAGCCUAACAUAUGAAGAUGAAGUUGGUAUUAUUGGGAAUUAUCAGCAGAAGAAUCUGAGAGUGAUCUAUGAUACUCUAGGAUCAAGAUUGGGGUUUGCAGAAGAAACUUGUGGCUGGCUAUAGCAAAAACAGGAGGGUAAAUUAGAGGAGAUUAUACAACAGAUUGUGCACAUUUUAUAUAUGCAAGUACCUUUGGUUGGUUUCUUGGUUUCCACAUUAAGCUUCAUAGUUUCUGGAUUAGGCAAAAUAUAUAUGAUCAAGGUUGCAAGGAAUUGUAGAUGAAAUCUGUGCAGUCUGCUCAUGAAAUUUCUACUGCAGCAGCGUUAAUUCA